UGUGCCCUAGAGCUAAUAGAAUGUCAUGAGUUUGGGAAUAUACUGUAAGAUUCUCUUUAUCAAGUUAGCUGUGACAUUAUAAAUAAAUGACAUGCACGUGUUAUUAUUUACACGCGCAUGAUGAGUAUUGAUGGUUCCCGGUGUGUUUCUUUAUUAACUCGGAGACACAGAUGAAUUAAACUAACAGUGAAAUGGGAACUAUAUUGUUAUAUUACUGAUGUCAGGUUAAACAGGUUAAACAAUGCUGGGAGUGAGGGUUAGCGCCCUCCGUGGGUGUGUGAGACACUGCUGCUGCUCAUCACCUGCAGCACAGAGUGUCCAGUGUAAAAGGAAUUACAGUUUCUUUAAAGAUGAUGUUAAGUCGCCUCGAGCCGUGGUUAACCCAGACAUCUCAAAAAUCCGUAACAUUGGCAUCAUGGCCCACAUAGACGCAGGGAAGACCACCACCACUGAGAGGAUGCUCUAUUAUUCUGGGUACACGCGUGCACUUGGAGAUGUAGAUGAUGGAGACACUGUGACUGAUUAUAUGGCUCAGGAGAGAGAACGUGGAAUUACGAUUCAAUCAGCUGCAGUUACCUUCGACUGGAAGGAUUACAGGAUUAAUCUUAUUGACACUCCAGGCCAUGUGGAUUUUACUCUGGAAGUUGAGAGAGCUCUGCGUGUUCUGGAUGGAGCUGUGGCUGUGUUUGAUGCCUCAGCUGGCGUGGAGGCACAAACCAUGACAGUGUGGCGACAGGCAGAGAAACACAAUAUACCUUGUAUCUGCUUCCUAAACAAGAUGGAUAAACCUGCAGCCAGCAUCAGCUACUCUGUAGAGAGCAUUAAGACAAAACUGAAGGCCAAUCCUAUACUUCUUCAACUCCCUGUCGGCUCUGGAAAGGGAUUUGUGGGAUUGGUGGACUUGAUCACCAAGCAGCGAAUGACAUGGCAGGGAAAGUCAUGGGCAGAGGAUGGGCGGGCUUUUGAGACAAGAGCCCUCCUGCCUACUGACGACCCAGAAUUCCUUGAUGAACUCAAGCAAGCCAGAGCCACCCUCAUAGAACAGGUUGCAGAUUUAGAUGACGAAUUUGCCGAGCUGGUUCUUGGAGAACAUGGUGACAACUUUGACUCAGUGCCUGCUGGGAAAUUGCAGGAGGCAGUAAGGAGAGUGACGCUGUCUCGGAAAGGAGUGCCUGUACUGUGCGGGAGUUCACUAAAGAAUAAAGGAGUUCAGCCUCUGCUAGAUGCCAUCACAGCAUACCUCCCUGCACCUGAUGAAAGGAACCACGACCUGGUACGCUGGUAUAAGGACGACUUGUGUGCUCUGGCGUUUAAGGUGGUCCACGACAAACAGAGAGGCCCUCUUGUUUUCCUGAGGAUCUACUCUGGCUCUAUGAAACCACAGUCAGCAGUGUACAACAUCAACCGAAACGGAACAGAGAGAAUGAGUCGACUCCUGCUGCCAUUUGCAGAUCAGCAUGUUGAAAUCCCCUCACUGUCUGCAGGAAACAUCGCACUCACUGUUGGCCUCAAACAGACAGUGACCGGUGACACCAUUGUCUCAUCUAAAGCCUCAGCAGCAGCCGCAGCACGCCGCGCACACAAGGCGGAGGAGAAAAACGCAUCUACCCGAGAGACGAACAGUCUGGUUCUGGCUGGGGUUGAGGUGCCAGAGCCCGUCUUCUUCUGUUCUAUAGAGCCUCCCUCCAUGGCUAAACAAGCAGAUCUAGAGCACGCGUUGAACUGCCUCCAAAGGGAAGACCCCAGUCUGAAAGUCAGGACAGAGCCAGACUCUGGACAGACAGUUUUGUGUGGUAUGGGCGAGCUCCACAUCGAGAUUCUGCAUGAUCGAAUCAGAAGAGAGUACAACCUUGAAACACAUUUGGGACCGCUGCAGGUUGCCUACAGAGAGACCAUCAACCAGUCAGUGACUGCAACUGACACUCUGGAUCGCACACUGGGUGAAAAGAAGCAUGUUGUGACUGUGGAGCUGACGGUGACUCCCUGGGAAGUGUCUGCUCCAGGAAAGACUUCUUGUGAUAUGACUUAUGAAGAGGAAGUUGAAGCCCUGAUUUCAGCUAACCUUAAAGAGGCAGUAGAGAGUGGCGUUCAAAGUGCCUAUCUCCAAGGUCCUGUGCUAGGUUACCCUGUGCAGGGCGUCCUUACUGUGAUCCGCAGUGUGUGUGUGGAACCCGGCACUUCUCUGGCCAUGGUAUCAGCCUGUGUGUCUCGCUGCAUGCUUAAGGGGCUGAAACAGGCAGGAGGACAAGUCUUAGAGCCUGUGAUGUCAUUGGAGGUAACAGUGGAUGAGGAGUAUCUGAGCUCUGUGCUGGGUGACCUCGCUCAACGCAGAGGAACAGUCCAAGACAUCCAAAGUCGCCAUGACAGCAAAGUGCUUUUGGCAACUGUACCCCUUGCAGAGAUGAUGGGCUAUUCCACUGCACUGCGCACUUUGACCUCAGGAAAUGCUACUUUUUCACUCGAGCUGGCCAGCUACGACCCCAUGAACCCUCAGGACCAGAAUGCAUUGCUCAAUAAAAUGGCCGGCCUGGCAUAAGCUUGCUUCAUGGACUAAUUCAAGUUUUUAUUUAUUCUUUUUAUAAACAGAUGCUUGUUACAAUUGUUUCCCUGUCAUACAAGCAUGUCUUUGCCCUACUCAAAUAUAAAACAUAAAAAGUGCACAUUAAAGUAUUUCAAAUGCUUAAAGUCCUCUUCACAGAAAUUACUAAUCAAUAGGAUAACUAUUCAGUGUCAGUUAUUUCAGUGUUAAAAAGAAAACCAAUGUUACACAAUUAACCCAAAUUUA